AUGAGUUAUAAAGCUAUACAAACGGCACUUUCCAAGGUCUCUGAAUCAGGAGUCAUACAAGGAGAUUUGGGAGGAAAACACGGCCAUCAACCAACUAUUGAUCCACAAAUCAAACAGAGCGUUAUUGAUUUUAUAAAUUCUAUUCCAAAGAUUGAGUCUCACUACUUGAGAGCUCAAACGAAAAGACAGUAUAUUUCAAGUGAGAAAUCAUUGGCGGAUAUCUACAGAGAUUACAAACAACUUCGUGAAAAGGAUGGUUUAGCUAUUGCCACGUCUUCCACAUUCAACAGGAUAUUCAACACUGAAUUCAACAUUUCUUUUUUCGUACCAAAUAAAGAUCAAUGCGAUCUGUGCGAAAGGUAUAAGAAUUCAGACUCGGAAGAAAAACGCAACUUAAGCCAAGAGUAUGAACAGCAUCAGAAAGAAAAAGUUUUGGCAAGAAAUGAGAAAGAUAAUGAUAAAAGUAGGGCCGAUGGUACUAUCGUAGCAGUUUACGACUUGCAGGCAGUUUUGCAGAUUCCAAAGGGACAAAUAUCACUAUUUUUUUAUAAAUCCAGGAUCAACUGUUUCAAUUUUACCAUCAGCGAUUUAAGGGCAAAAGAAGUUAUGUGCUACUUUUGGGAUGAAACCGAAGGAAAGAGAGGACCUAUUGAAAUUGGCAGCUGCAUACUCGACUACGUUAAAGCUCAGGUACUGUUAGCAGUAGGAGUAUGGCUCCAACAAAUGGGAUGUUCAUCUUCUCAGUCCUUGCAACUGGUGGAAAAUAUAAUCAGGGAUCACUUCUACUUGAACACAACCAACCUGACUGCCUUGAAAUCCCUAGCUAGCACUGCACCACAGUUUGUCUGCAAUUUUAUAACAGCAGUCACUGAACUAUAUAUGCAAGACACUCAGAAGCCAAUUAAAUUGCCACCUAAGAAUCUUCUUGAAGUUAUAACAUUUUGGGUUUACUCAACGCCAACACUGUGUAUGUCAGCGCAGUUGAAUGCGGCCGCAUUACCUAGCGGUGCAAUUCCUAUGGCGGCAGUUACACCACUUGCUGGUAUAGUUCGAUGGUGCGCCCUUGCGCCGCUGUAUAUUGAUGAAGAUGCAGAGAUGUUAGAGAUUCCACCGAAGAAAAUUAAAAUCGAAGGGGAGCGGGGUGUACUAAAGACAGUUAAAUUACACUCAGAGUCGCAAUUGUAUAUACAACUGCAACUAGGAUUACUGCAGAGUUUACGCGCGUGGCGGCGGCGCGGCCCGCCAGCAGCGGUGGCAGCUCAGCGGAUCACCGCCUUGCUGCCACCCGUCAGGGAAUAUGCACAGAAACUGCUUGACAGAGGAUGCAAGAUCAACACUGAUAUGAGGCUGCAGGACAGCCUUGACCGUAUAGGCCAAGCAGUGCAAGUGGCUUUAGCUAAUGGCUGUGUUUAUGGCAACAUCAGCAGUCUUUUAGCAUCAUUGGACACAUUACCAGAAAAUAGAUUAUUAAGGAUUGUAAUCAAGACACAUCGGCAAGGAAUAUGA